UAUACAUACACAACUGCGGAAAUAAUUAAGAUACUAUUCCAAUUUAUUUAUUUUCAGUUUUUUUAUGUAAUUUUCUGGUUAUUUCUAAGUAAAAUUGUCAUUUUGUUUUAUCCUGUGAACUAGUGACAACCUUUCUCCCAAAUUGCAUUUAUUUAAAGAAAAAAAAAGAUGCAUUGUUUGGAGAUCCUGAAUACUGCAAAGGAAACAAGUUAGUAGGCUUUUCUUGUUUAAUUUACAAUGCUAAUGUAUUUUAGAUGUGUUUUAGGGUCAUUCAAAAAAAAGUAUAUAACGGAUUGGCUUAAUUUUUUCACAAUUUUCUCUGUCUGUCAGAUUGGUAUUGAGUGACUUUCUCGUUCCUGGGGUUUGUUUCUAUUGAAAUUCCACAUAUACUGCACUGGAAUUGCGACAAUUAUACAUAUUUUUUUUACAUUUGAAAUUCUAUUAAAUGAAGUAUUGGUCUACUCCUUUCUAUGAGGUUAAUUUACAGAAAGUUCCCUUUGUUAAAAACUCUAAUUUGUUCCUCAUAAAUACCAACUUCCACCAAGACUGCAUGGCUCACAUUUUAUGCCAGGAGGUUGAGAGAAUCUACAUAAGAGCACUUAAGAUGAAUUACUUUACUAUAUGUUCUAUUAUGAUAUUUGUUUUCAUUGGUGCUGUUCAGUCAUGCUCAAACGUGAGUUUUCUUGAUUUAAUUAGGUUCUAAUGAAAAGUAGAUUUUUUUUUGUUUGGCAUGCAUCUUUACAACUUUAAUCUUGCCAUUUUCUCAAACUGUAAAAAUUCUAAUCUCUAGAUGAGUGAGAAUCAACACUACUCGUGCAUGGGAAGAAACCUCAGCUACAUCCCAGCUAGUAUACCCUCUUCUGUUCACACACUGGAUUUCAGCUUUAAUGUCUUGAAACACUUACAGAAAACUGUAUUCCCAGUUCUGCCUUUUCUGCAAGUUCUUGAUCUGUCAAGAUGUCACAUCAAACGCAUAGAAAAUGAUUCUUUCUACAAUUUGAGGAAUUUAACUUCUUUGAUUCUGACUGGAAACCCUGUUACACAUUUUGGACUUGAAUGUUUUAAUGUUUUACAUAAUCUACAGCGACUAGUUCUUGUGGAUGUUGGGCUGACUUCUUUACAACUUCAUAUCAAUAAUUUAACCAAGCUACAGGAACUUAAAGUGGGAACAAAUAAAAUUCAGUCCAUGACUCUCCCUUCAUUCAUGAGCACCUUCACACACUUCAGUUUACUCGAUCUACAUGCCAAUAAUAUAUCCAUCAUAAAGUCUGACCACACCGCUGUGUUACGAGAGAUUGGCAGAAAUAUGACUUUAAUACUGUGUAGGAAUCCAAUAUUACACAUAGAACCAGGAGCUUUCAAAGACAUUUAUCUGAAAGAGCUGGACAUACGGUCUGCUUUUGUCUCAUUUGCUGCUCAAAAAGUUUGUCUAAAUGCUCUCUAUGGUCUUAUUUUGAAAAGGUUAAUAUUAGGAAAUUACAGGGGGACAUACCACUUUGACUUAUUGGAUAAUGAGUUUUUAAAUGGCCUUUGCUGUUUUUAUUUUCAGGAGAUUUAUUUUUAUAUUAUAGAAAGGCCUAUGGAGCAAUUACCCAUCUUUCGGUGUAUGAUUAAUGCCACAAAUAUAACAGUAAAGAAUGGAGUGUUUUCUGAAAUGAAUCAUAUACAUUUCCAUAAAAUGAAGGAGCUUUAUUUAAUUUCUGGUAGAUUAGACACGUUGCCAGGCAAAAUACUUUCACAUCUCUAUACUUUAGAAAAACUUGUAAUAACAAAUAGUGAAGUUGUCCGAGCAGAAACCUUUAUAGACAUGCCAAAUCUUCGGUAUUUAGAUCUAAGCUCUAACCGACUGACAUUAACACCAUGCUGUACAACACUUUUGUCUGGCACACCUCAAAUCAAAUACUUGAAUUUAAGCCUGAAUUCAGAAAUUGGACUUCGCAUUGAAGCAUUUGAUGGUCUUGAUUCCCUUGAGAUUUUGGAUUUUCAUCAUACAAGGGUUUUAGAUUUGGGACACUUCUCACUUUUGUAUAUUUUAAAGAAUUUGAGGUACCUGGAUGUCUCUUAUUCAAGUAUCACAUUUGAUAAUGUUCAUUGUUUUCAUGGGCUGAUCAGUCUAAAUGUUCUUAAGAUUGCUGGCAACAAUUUUCAGAGUGAUGUGACACGAUAUGUCUUUAAAAAUCUUACUUGUUUAGAGUAUCUGGAUUUGUCAUAUUGUCAUUUAGCAGAAUUGCACCCAAACUCUUUCAAAGAUCUUCAAAAUCUUCAAAUGUUGAUUCUCAGUGGAAACAAGUUAAUGACUGUAGAUUUUCUCACCUUUUCAAACUUGGAGAAAUUAACAUCACUUUAUGUAAAUAAAAACAGCAUUACUAGUAUUUCACUUGAUGUUCUCCAGAAGUUACCCACAAACCUUUCAGUGUUCGACUUGUCCUCUAAUCCCAUCGAAUGUUCCUGUGCUCGCACAGAUUUUGUUUUGUGGAUUAUCGAACAUCGAGGAAUUUUGGAGCAGCCGCAAAACAUAUUAUGUAAAUCCUUUUCAGCAAGCUCAGAUUUUCCAGCUAUUGAUUUUGACAUUAACAGGUGUGUGUACAACACAAGACUCACAGUUAUUUUAUUGAUCUGUUGUGUGAUAGCAGUUACAGUUUUAUCAGCUGUGGUUUAUAGAUUCCAGUUUCAUCUGAAAUACUGCUGUAUACUACUGAAAGGUUAUAAGUUACCCAAACAACAAGAAUGUUCCUAUGAUGCCUUUGUGAUUUUCUCAAGCUAUGAUGAAAUGUGGGUCAUGAAUGAACUGGUGGAAAAUCUGGAGAACGGUGUUCCACCUGUUCACCUUUGCCUUCACAUGCGAGACUUUGAACCCGGCAAAUCCAUCGCCUCCAACAUUAUAGAUGAAGGAAUAAUGGGUAGCCAGAAGGUGAUUGUGGUGGUGUCUCAACACUUCAUUGAUAGUGCCUGGUGUCGCUUUGAGUUUGAAUUAGCUCAGUCCUGGUUUGUGAUGGAACGAAAUGCCAACAUCAUCAUCAUCAUUCUGGAAGAUGUGGAGGAGAGAAAAACGAAAAAAGUGUUUGGUCUUCAUAAACAUCUGAAAAAGAACACAUACCUGAAAUGGAGCAGAGAUCCUCUGAGUAACAUGAGAUUUUGGAUUCGACUUCGGAAAGCUGUUAUUGCCACAAAGAAAUGA